UCCCCAGGCGUGACCUGGCCAUGCCCCCACAGGGCAGCCUGGAGGAUGGCCGGAUCAUCGACUCCUCACUGAGCCGGGAUCCCCUCCAGGUGGAGCUGGGCAAGCACCAAGUCAUUCCCGGUUUGGAGCAGAGUCUGCUGGACAUGUGUGUGGGGGAGAAGCGCAGAGCCAUCAUCCCCCCUCACUUAGCCUACGGCAAGCGGGGCUCCCCGCCCACCAUCCCAGGUGACGCUGUGCUGCGGUUCGAGGUGGAGCUGGUGGGGCUGUCCCGGGCCAGUUACUGGCAGAAGAUGGUGAACGAGGUGGUGCCACUGCUGUGCCUGGGGCUGGUGCCGGCACUGCUGGGGCUCAUUGGCUUCCACCUGUACCGCAAGGCCAGCAGCCCCAAGCUCUCCAAGAAAAAGCAGAAGGAGGAGAAGAGAAACAAAGCCAAAAAGAAAUAAAACCUUCCUCUUGGCAUCUGUGGCUGCUCCGUGGCUGCUCUUCCUGAGACAGAGAUGGGCACAGAGCAGUGGGAAGGGGCUGUGCACCCAUCAGGUCCCUGCCUGCUCCAGGGCCUCGAUGGGUCGUGUCAGACCUGAGCGGGAGGUGACAGACUCAAUGAAUCCCAGAAAUAAGAUCCUGGAGCACA